AUGUCCGAUUCUAAGCAAGAGCAAAUCAACACUAGCAACAACAACAACAACAACAACAGCAGUAGUCAGCAGAACAAUCAGAACACUACGAUCACUUUUGCCGAUCAGUCAGCUCCUACUAGUCAAGCCAACCAUGAAAAGAUAAAUCAACGUUCGCUUACUCGCUCGUCCACGGGCCAGAGUAGUAUCUCCUUUGAUGCGCGCUCCGUCCGCAGUGUGCUCAUGAAAAAGGUCAACCUCGUCAAGCGGCGGAAGGCACGCAAGACCGAAGAGCAGCGAGUCGAGGGCCCACCCUACCAUACCAUGGAUCUCGAGACUGUCGCCAAGCUGAUGAAGUCUGACCUCGAAGACGGUUUGGACCAAAAAGAGGUUGACGCUCGCCGUGAAGAGUCCGGUUUCAACGAAAUGGAGGGCGAAGGCGGUGUCAACCCAUUCAAGCUCUUGUUGAAGCAGUUCUUCAAUAUCAUGGUCUUGAUUCUUUUGGUCGCAAUGGUUGUCUCGUUUGUCUUUGAAGAUUGGGUUGAAGGUGCUGUUAUUUGCGCCAUCAUGUUCUUGAACGCCGGUGUCGGCUUCGCCCAAGAGUACAAGGCUGAAAAGACUAUGGAUUCCCUUCGACAGAUGGCCUCGCCUACCAGUCAAGUGGUGCGCGAUGGCCAAUCCAAGACUAUACCUACACGCGAGUUGAUUCCCGGCGAUGUCAUCAUCCUCAAGGCUGGCGAUGUUGUUGGCGCCGACUGUCGUGUGAUCGAAUCGUUCAACAUGGACAUUGAUGAAGCUUUGCUCACUGGUGAAUCUGUUCCUGUUAACAAAGUAAUCGAUACCUUGGAAGGCUCUGAAAUCCCGCUUGGUGAUCGUGUCAAUAUGACGUAUUCCAGCACUGUCCUCACCAAGGGCCGUGGUAAAGCCAUUGUCACCGCCACCGGUAUGCAAACUGAAAUUGGCAAGAUCGCCCUUCGCCUGUUGAACAGCGACGACAGCCGCAAGACUCCUCUGCAGCGCUCGCUGGAUCGUAUGGCUCUCGUUCUACUCGUGGUUGCCAUUAUUUCCGUCAUCAUUGUAUUCGCGGUAGCCAAGUUCAAUAUCGAAAAAGGUCAAAUCCUCUAUGCCAUUUCCACUGCCAUCUCUGCGAUUCCCGAAGCCCUGGUUGCCGUGGUUACGUUGACUCAGGCUUUUGGUGUCCACAGCAUGGCCAAAGCGAAUGCUCUCGUCCGCAAGAUCUCUGCUCUUGAAUUGCUCGGUUCUGUGACCAACGUCUGCUCUGACAAGACCGGUACCCUGACUCAGUCCAAGAUGGUGCUGACCCGUUUGUGGCGUCCUGACGAAGGCUUCUUCAAGGUUGGCGGCCUUGGUUUCUCGAUCGAAGGCGACUUUACCCGCGAAAGCGACGACAAGGUGAUGACCAAGGAUGGCUUCACAUCAGGCUUGCACCAGUUGGCGUUGACUGGUGCGUUGUGUAACAUGAGCGAACUCCGCAAGGACAAGGAGACGGGUGACUAUCACGGCAUGGGUGAUCCAACUGAGGUUGCCCUGCAAGUGUUUGCACACAAAGUCCAGAUGGGUAAGCCUUCCCUCACCAAGUCGGAGAAGGGCGAAAACUGGAAGUUGAUUGCCGAGUAUCCUUUCGAUUCAUCGAUCAAGCGCAUGAGCAUCCUCGCUCAAGCUCCCGACGGUUCCUACUAUGCCUUCAUCAAGGGUGCCACUGAACGUGUCUUGGGCACCUGUGCUGGUGUGCAGUACAGCGAAGAAGACGAAAUCAAGUCGAUGCAAGGCAGUGAACUCGAAGAACUGGUCUUGCCUCAAGUCGAAGAGCUCGCCAAGGGCGGUCUCCGUGUUCUGUCGCUCGGUAUCCGCAAGGUCAAGGCCGAAGGUCCUGUUGGCCCUGAAACUUUUAAGCGUGAGGAAAUCGAGCAAGGUAUGAACUUUUUGGGUUUGGUCGGUAUCUACGAUCCUCCACGAGCCGAAUCCAAGGAAGCUGUCGAGCAGUGCCACCUUGCCGGUAUCACUGUCCACAUGUUGACUGGUGACCACGCUGCUACUGCUACCGCCAUUGCCCGCGAAGUCAGCAUUCUGCCCGAACGCUAUGGUCUUGACGGCAAGCCGCAAGAAGAACUCGUCAUGACUGCCACCAAGUUCGACAAACUGACUGAGGAACAAGUCGACGCGUUGCCCCAACUUCCUCUCGUCAUUGCUCGCUGCUCUCCCGACACCAAGGUCAAGAUGAUUGAAGCUCUUCAUCGACGCAAGCGCAUUGCUGGCAUGACGGGUGACGGUGUUAACGAUUCGCCUAGUUUGAAGGAAGCAGAUAUUGGUAUUGCCAUGGGUCAAAACGGCUCGGAUGUUGCCAAGCAGGCCGCCGAUAUUGUGCUCGUCGAUGAUAACUUUGCUACCAUUGUCAAGGCCAUUGAAGAAGGCCGUCGUGUAUUUGCCAACAUUUCCCGCUUCGUCGUCCACAUGGUUACUGGUAACAUCGCCGAAGUUGUUCCUCUUAUCAUCGGUCUGUGUUUCAUCAAAGAUGGAGAAUCCGUCUUCUUGAUGACCCCAUUGCAGAUUCUUUUCAACAACAUCUUGACCUCUUCGCCUCCUGCCAUGAGCUUGGGCUUGGAACCUGUCCAUCCCGACCAGAUGCUUGUGCCCCCGCGUCCUACCAGCGAAGGUCUCUUUGCCUGGCCCAACGUUCUUGACAUUAUCUUUUACGGUAGUGUCAUUGGUAUCAUCUGUCUGCUCAACUUUAUCGUCGUCAUCUAUGGCUGGGGCAAUGGCCACGAGUCGCUUGGCACUGAUUGUAACGGUGAAUACAAUGAUACCUGCGAGGUCGUGUUCAGGGCCCGUGGCGCUGUAUUUGCUGCACUGACGAUCAUGGUGUUGCUGCAUGGUUUCACCUGCCGUGACUUGUUGAACCCCAUCUGGACGUGGAAAGGAUUGGUCAAGCGUCGCCAGAACUACUACCUCUUGUGGUCUACCGUCGGCUGUAUGUGUCUCAUGUUCAUUGCUCUUUACGUGCCCGUUCUCGACACUGUCGUAUUCAAGCACAAGGGUAUUUCCUGGGAAUGGGGUAUGGUCUUUGCUUCUUGCUUCAUCUACAUGGCCAUCACCGAGAUCUGGAAGUACUUUAAGAGAAUCUCCCACCGACGAAAGCUUGCCCGCCGACAGCAAACCGAACAAGCCGAGCAUGACGAAAAAGCUGGUCGGCUUUCUAGCGAGUAA